AGAUGUAUAAAUUUAACUUCAUCAGACAUAUAAGAGAAAGAUUAAAUUGUUAUAACAUAGUAAAUUUUCAAGUUAAAAAUUGUUCUACAAUGAAUUACCAAUAUAUUUAUAUUAUUUUUAUGAUUGGUAUAAUGUUUUGUUUAAUAAAGGGGCAUAAGGAAAUACUUUUUGAUUUUACAACUGUAGAAAAUGUAGAUAAUUGGAAAGAAAUAUCUGAUACUGUAAGAACAGUAGGAAAGUCAAAAGCUGUUUUAGUAUUGCAAACAACACAAAUUUUUCAAUAUGCUGUAUUCUUUACUCUUUUGAAUCCACAACUAAAUGGUGCAGGUUUUGCAGGAAUACGUACAAUUACUAAUUUAAAUUUAUCUAAUUUUAAAAAUGUUGAAAUCAAUUGUCGAGGACAAGGCAGCAAUAUAUACUAUAAAGUUGUUCUUAGACAUAAAGGUCUUCAUUCAAAUAAAGAUAUAACAUAUGAACAAUUUUUUACGGCACCAAUGUCAAAUAUUGAUUUUUCAACUGUGAUAUUGCCUUUGAAAAAUUUUAAACCAUAUUAUCGUGGACGAGAAGUACCUGAUGUAGAACCAUUAGACACUGCAAAUAUUACAAUGUUUGGUUUACAAAUGUAUGGUGGAGUUUAUUUACCAAUUAAACAAAAAGGUGUAUCAGCAUUAGAAGUAAUAAAUAUAUCAGCAUCAUAAUUACUGUAUGAUAUGAACAAUAUAAAUAUAUAAGAAAUUAAAUUA